AUGUCAGUUGAAACUCCAUUAUCAUACGCUGCUUUAAUCUUAUCCGAUUCUGAUAUCGAAAUUUCUUCAGAAAACUUAUUAACUUUAGUUAGAAAAGCUAAUAUUGAAAUUGAAGACAUCUGGGCUGAUAUCUUCUCCAAAGCUUUAUCUGGUCAAAACUUAAAAGAUUUAUUCUUUAACAUUUCAUCAGGUCCAGCUGCUCCAGCUGCUGCUGGUGCUGCCGCUACCGGUGGUGCUGCUGAAGAAGCUGCUGCUGAAGAAGAAGAAGAAGAAAAGGAAGAAUCUGAUGACGAUAUGGGUUUCGGUUUAUUCGAUUAG